AUGUACUCUCUCUACAUCGUCUUCGCGUUCCUUCUCGCCUUAAGUCGAAGGUCUCUCGCGAGUUUUCCCGUUGGAGCCAUAGAAGCUCCUGCUGUUCACAGUCCGUUGCCGGCUCCUAUUGCUUUUUCAAAUGGGCCGAUCUUUACUUCGUUGACACCUUCCAUCGAUCCUGUCCAUCAUACUCCCACGAUUGAAAUCCGCAAUGUUAUUCGUACCGGUACUAAAGAAGCUGGCCAUUUCUCUGGAACAAUGCAUCGCUCGUCAGGAAUUCCAGGUCCUAUCAAGACGUAA